AUGGACGCCGUGACGAAAGGCCUUGAGAAGACCUCACUUGCUCCGGAGAGCACCGCGCAAGAAUCCCAGGGCCAGAGGGUGACGCCUUGGGACGUGGAAGGCGGCUACGUUGACGGAAAACAAGUUUCCAUCGACUAUGAGAAGCUCAUUAAGGAUUUUGGUACUCGCCGUAUUGAUGAUGCGCUGCUGGAGCGAUUCGAGCGCGUGACAGGCCGUCGUCCUCACCCCCUGCUGCGUCGCGGAAGCUUUUUUAGUCACAGGGAACUCGAUGUCAUUUUGACUCGUUAUGAACAACAGAAGCCGUUCUAUCUGUACACGGGUCGUGGCCCAAGCUCAGCUUCGAUGCACUUGGGCCACUUGAUUCCGUUCCUUUUCACACAGUGGCUUCAGGAUGUGUUUGAUGUUCCGCUUGUGGUCCAACUGACUGAUGACGAGAAGUUUUUGUUUAAGAACGAGCUGAAGAUUGAUCAAGUGCAGAAGUUUGCCUUUGAAAACGCCAGAGAUAUCAUUGCAUGUGGAUUCAAGCUCGACAAGACGUUUAUUUUCUCGGACUUGGAUUAUGUGGGUGGUGCUUUCUAUCAGAACAUUAUCCGUAUCUCGCGUCUGAUCACUGUCAAUCAAUCGAAGGGCACGUUUGGCUUUAACGACAGUGAUAGCAUCGGCAAGUUGCACUUUGUCUCCAUCCAGGCCGCGCCUUCGUUUAGCAACUCAUUCCCUCAAAUCUUUGGCACGCGCUCUGAUAUUCCCUGCCUAAUUCCAUGUGCCAUUGACCAGGACCCGUAUUUCCGCCAGACGCGUGAUGUGGCUGUUCGUUUGAAGUACCCCAAGCCCAGCUUGAUUCAUUCCAAGUUCUUCCCUGCACUUCAGGGUGCCCAAACGAAGAUGAGCGCCUCGAAAGAAACGUCGGGUAUUUUCAUGUCCGACACACCUAACCAAAUUAAGAACAAAAUUAACAAGUACGCAUUCUCGGGUGGUCAGGAGACGCUGGAGGAGCAGCGCCGUCUGGGUGGCAACCCUGAUGUCGAUGUGAGUUUCCAGUACCUCACAUUCUUCGUUGAUGAUGACGAUGAGAUCAAGCAGAUUGCGGAGGACUACCGUGCUGGCCGCUUGCUGACCGGUGAACUGAAGAAGCGCUGCAUUCAGGAGCUGCAGCGUGUUGUCGGCGAUUUCCAAGCUCGUAAGGCACAGGUGUCAGACGAUCUCGUGCGCCAGUUCAUGGACUCUUCGCGCAAGAUUGACCCUACCCCACCCGUCCCUCGUGGCCAAGUGAGCCCACCGUCCGCGGAGGCGUCCAUGUAG